AUGAGGUUUCAUUUGAAGUUUUACCUGCACUACUUAGUUCUACUGGGUAUCAGCUGUGUAAUUUCUACCUAUGGUCCACAUCAGAGGGCCCAGAAGACUGGUGACAUACUGCUGGGAGGACUAUUCCCAAUACAUUUUGGGGUGGCCUCUAAAGACCAGGAUCUUGCAGCAAGACCGGAGUCAACUGAGUGUGUCAGAUACAACUUUCGUGGAUUCCGUUGGCUUCAAGCUAUGAUAUUUGCUAUUGAGGAGAUCAACAACAGCUCUACACUUCUUCCAAACAUCACACUAGGUUACCGUAUAUUUGACACAUGCAACACUGUCUCGAAAGGCCUGGAGGCAUCACUAAGCUUUGUUGCACAAAAUAAGAUCGACUCACUUAACUUGGAUGAGUUCUGUAACUGCACAGGAAACAUCCCAUCAACCAUUGCGGUGGUCGGGGCAUCUGGAUCUGCGGUCUCUACAGCAGUCGCUGAUCUAGUUGGCCUCUUCUACAUUCCUCAGAUCAGCUACGCCUCAUCCAGUCGUCUUUUGAGCAACAAGAAUCAGUACAAAUCCUUCAUGAGAACUAUUCCUACAGAUGAGUAUCAGGCUAUUGCCAUGGCUGCCAUCAUUGACCACUUUCAGUGGAACUGGGUGAUUGCUAUCGCCUCUGAUGAUGAAUAUGGCCGUCCAGGCAUUGAAAAGUUUGAGAACGAAAUGUUUCAUAGGGACAUCUGCAUUGAUCUCAAUGUUUUAAUUUCACAAUACAUUGAUGAAGCUGAGAUUCGCCGUUUGGUAGACCGCAUUGAAAACUCAACCGCCAAGGUCAUUGCUGUGUUCGCCAGUGGACCUGAUAUUGAGCCACUCAUUAAAGAGAUGGUAAGGCGCAAUGUCACAGACCGUGUCUGGCUGGCGAGUGAAGCUUGGGCCAGUUCUAGCCUGGUCGCCAAUCCAGAGUACCUUGAUGUGAUGGGUGGAACUAUUGGCUUUGCAUUGAGAGCUGGCCAUAUACCUGGCUUUAAAGAAUUCCUAAAGCAUGUGCACCCAAAGAAGUCCAACCAUAAUGAAUUUGUGAGGGAAUUUUGGGAAGAGACCUUUAACUGUUACCUAGAUGAUAGUCCAAGGAAUGAGGACAGUGAGAAUGGCAGCACAAGUUUCAGACCUCUGUGCACAGGUGAAGAGGACAUUGCAAGUGUAGAGACCCCAUACCUGGACUACACACACCUAAGGAUUUCUUAUAACGUGUACGUGGCUGUUUAUGCCAUAGCGCAGGCACUUCAGGACAUUCUUACCUGCACACCUGGAAAAGGACUGUUUGCUAAUGGAUCUUGUGCAGACAUUAGGAAAGUGGAGGCAUGGCAAGUUCUGAAACAACUGAGACACCUCAACUUCAUAAACAGCAUGGGGGAGAGAGUGCAUUUUGACAAUGGAAGUGAACUUUCAGCAAAUUACACCAUCAUAAACUGGCAUCGGUCACCUGAGGAUGGAUCUGUUGUAUUUGAGGAAGUUGGUUAUUACAGCAUACAUAACAAGAAUGGUGCCAAACUCUCCAUAGACAAGACAAAAAUUCUGUGGAAUGGCCGUCUUACUGAGGUACCGUUUUCCAACUGUAGUGAGGAGUGUGAACCUGGAACCAGAAAAGGAAUAAUUGAUGGCAAACCCACUUGCUGCUUCGAGUGUACAGAGUGUUCAGAUGGGGAGUACAGUGAUCAUAAAGAUGCCAGUGUUUGCUCCAAGUGUCCUAACAACUCCUGGUCUACUGGCAAUCACACCUCCUGCUUUCUAAAGGAAAUUGAGUUUCUGUCCUGGACCGAACCUUUUGGGAUUGCAUUGGCCUUGUUUGCAGUUUUUGGGGUCCUGUUAACAGCUUUUGUGUUGGGUGUUUUUGUGCAAUUUCGUAACACUCCAAUUGUGAAAGCCUCAAACCGAGAGCUGUCAUACCUUUUACUUUUCUCGCUCAUCUGUUGUUUCUCCAGCUCACUUAUAUUCAUUGGUGAACCACAGGAUUGGACGUGCCGUGUACGUCAACCAGCUUUUGGAAUCAGCUUUGUGUUAUGCAUCUCUUGCAUUUUAGUUAAAACCAACCGGGUCUUGCUGGUGUUUGAAGCCAAAAUCCCCACCAGUGUCCACCGUAAAUGGUGGGGACUGAACCUGCAGUUUUUAUUAGUGUUCCUGUUCACAUUUGUGCAGGUGAUGAUCUGUGUGGUUUGGUUGUACAAUGCACCACCGGGGAGUUACAGGAACUAUGACAUUGAUGAGAUCAUCUUUAUCACCUGUAAUGAGGGUUCAAUGAUGGCGUUGGGCUUUCUGAUUGGCUACACGUGCCUGCUGGCUGCCGUUUGUUUCUUCUUUGCAUUCAAGUCUCGAAAACUCCCGGAAAACUUUACAGAGGCCAAGUUCAUCACAUUUAGCAUGCUAAUCUUCUUCAUUGUCUGGAUCUCUUUCAUCCCUGCAUACUUUAGCACAUAUGGCAAAUUUGUUUCUGCGGUUGAGGUCAUUGCCAUUCUCGCCUCCAGCUUCAGUUUGCUGGCCUGUAUCUUUUUCAACAAAGUGUACAUCAUUCUGUUCAAACCAUCCAGGAACACAAUAGAGGAGGUUCGCUGUAGCACUGCAGCUCAUGCUUUCAAAGCAGCAGCGAAAGCAACACUACGACACAGCUCCACCUCCAGGAAGAGGUCAAGCAGUGUCGGUGGGUCUUCUGCCUCCUCGCCCUCCUCAUCAAUCAGCCUAAAGACCAAUGGGAAUGAAACAGAGUCACCCUCUGCACGUAGGCAGAAUAAGAAACCAAGGGUGAGCUUUGGAAGUGGAACAGUCAGUCUGUCCUUAAGCUUUGAGGAAGCUAAAAAUAACUCAUCUACGAGUGGUUGUACAUCAACUGUACAUUGAAUCAUAGUAUGUGAGCGGUGUGGAGAGGAAGCAGAGUAGGAAGCAGGGGAA